GGAAGAGGAAGAAGAUCCAAAGAAGAUUACCGAUUCAUAUAGCCGCGCCGGAGUUAUAUAAAUCCGGCGUCAGAUAGAAAGCCUCCAUCAUAUUCCCUCCCAUUGGCAGACAAAAUGAUUUCCGUCAAACCACUUUGUUCUCCCAGCCUCAGCACCGGCGCCUCAACCGCCACAACGCGCCGCCGUGUCUCCCCGGCUUCUUCUGUCAAGGUAUCAGCGAAGCAAAUCGUCGAACACGUGGUGCUCGUCAGAACAAAGCCGGGCGUCGAGCAUUCCAAGAUUAACGACAUGCUCAGAAACCUCUACGGCCUCGCUUCCCUCCCGCAGGUCCGCCAUCUCACCACCGGCCCGAUCCUCCGCACGCAGUCGCCGGCGCCGGCGUUCACUCAUCUCUUCCAUUCCCGCUACGACUCCGCGUCGGACCUCGAAGAGUACAACGCGCACCAUCUUCACUUGUCCGUGGUCAGGAAUUACCUAUUUCCCAUCAUCGACGACAUCGUGGUGGCCGAUUGGAUCUCCGAUGACUUCUCCGGCUCUACCGAGGUCGCCCCCGGUUCCAUAAUCAGAGCUAAGCUUUUGAAAUUGAAGGAGAAUCUGACUGAAAACAAGAAGAAUCAAAUUGUGGAUGUGACUAAAGGGCUCAAGCGAAAUUUUUAUGCUACCAAACCCCAGAAUUGGAAUUGAAGUCUUCAAUUCCAAUUUCAUAGUUUGAAUUCCGUGUACCAAACGGAGCCUAAGAGUAUUUUAAUUAAACAUUUAUCUAUUCU